GUUCUUUCUUCUUUUUUUAUAUACAUCUCGCGGCUAUCUUCUCGUCUCUCAAACUCUCGCCCUCGCCUCUCUCUCUCACAUCGCACACCCCAUCUUCCUAUCCUCUGCAGGACAAGUCCAAUGAUGCCAGGCAUCAGCAAGGACGCCAUCCGGAUCAGGUCCUACUCCAAAGAGGACCAGGACCAGGUCGUCGAGAUCCUCACUAUCGGAUUCCAAGAGAACGCAGAACCCCUCUUCCGACGAAGAGUCAAGCAUUACACCACCCCCCUUGUCAUCCUCACCAAAUCCAUCAUCUACACCUCUCUUAUCGAGCUCGCCUUUGCCGUUUACUCCAUUUACAUCUCCAAGUCCUCUUCUUCCUCUUCAUCGUCAUCCACAUUCUUUGCAGGGGUUUCAUGGGACAACCCUCGCAGCUUUCAAAAACUGCUCCCAAGCCCUGAAUCGGCCCUGGCUCUGAUCCAGCCAUCCUUCUCGAUCGUAUGGGUCCUUGUCACCCUCAUUGUCGCAAUCACUACCCUACUGGAGAUGUACCGAUGGUCCUUGCGGAGCAACGAAAAGUUCAUCAAGACCUGCAUCCAAGAAGACCUCGACGAUAUCACCGGUUACUACCAGUCCAGCUCAUCGACCAACAACAAACCAAAUCGAUCGCAAUUUUGGGUCGCAUGUUUGGAUUCGCACCCCCAACUUGUCCUGGGCUGUAUCGCACUCGAUGACAUCUGGGCCCACACAGAGCAUCUAAAGUCGAAGCAUCUGAAGCGGGGCCGUUCUGAGGACGCGUUUACGAUACCGAACAAGACAGACGCGGGACUGCGCAGACUAUCGGUCCACCCACAUUACCGCAGACUGGGGAUCAGUAAGAUGUUGAUGGAUAUGGUGGUGACAUAUGCAAAGGCGAAUGAAUUCCGACGACUGGUGUUUUCGACGACGCUAUUCCAGGAUAAGGCCAUUGCAGGGUACAUCCGAUAUGGGUUCACGAAGGACAAGACGGCCAAGCUGGCGACGUUUAUAGAUCUAUGGUUCGGGAGCAUGGAUCUAUAUGCGACAGAGCAAGAAAAGGAGGAGCAGAGAGCCAAGCAAGCAGCCAUGUUACGGGAGAUCGGUGUUGCUUGAACCGGGGGGAGGAGGGAUUUUGUCAUAGGCUACAUGCAGUUGCGCUUGAAUUCGCGGCUCUACAUAUCUAUUAAAACCAUGGAG